GCGCAGGGGGGCGGUGCCCCCACCGCGAUGGACCAUGCGACUGCUGCUGCCUGCCUGUGCCCGCGUGCUGCGCCUCCGCCCGGGUGGCCUGCGCCCCGCGCCUCGCAUGGCCGGCUGCUCGCGGGACGUCUCCUGUAUGCCCGAUAAACCCCUGACAAAUGAUGGCAAGAAGAAGACUCUUAUCUGUAUCGAGGGGAAUAUUGCAAGUGGGAAAACAACAUGCCUGGAUUAUUUUGCAAAAACUACCAACAUUGAGGUUUUGACGGAACCAGUGGCGAAAUGGAGGAAUGUUCACGGUCAUAAUCUCCUGGGUUUAAUGUAUCAAGAUUCAUCGCGAUGGGGGAUUACGUUACAGACAUACGUACAACUUACCAUGCUGGACCACCAUACCAGACCAAUGAUUUCCCCCAUAAGAAUGAUGGAGAGGUCAAUUCACAGUGCAAAAAACAUUUUUGUUGAAAACUUAUAUCGAAGUGGGAGAAUGCCAGAAGUGGAUUACCUAGUACUAACUGAAUGGUUUGAAUGGAUCAAGAAGAAUAUUGAUGUUUCAGUUGACUUGAUAGUUUAUCUACAGACUUCUCCUGAAAUUUGUUACGAGAGGUUAAAGAGGAGAUGCAGAAAAGAGGAAAAGAUCAUUCCUAUGGAAUAUUUACAAGCUAUCCAUGAGCUCUAUGAGGAGUGGCUCGUUAAACAGACACUCUUUAACGUUUCCUGUCCAGUUCUUGUGAUUGAGGCAGACCACGACUUGCAGAAAAUGACAGAAAAGUAUGAAGAAAAUCGCGACCGAAUAUUAACCCCCUACAGUCUACAACAGUGCUUGUAGAUAACUGGCUUUGUAGACAGACUGCUGAAAACUUGUCUGCCCUGAUUUUAGGGGAAGUCUGAGCAACGUUUUCCAACAUGUUGAAGUCUCUCACUUGGAAUUUUGUUUUGCAAAGCACAGGUGACGGCUACAAAGCCAAGUGGGCCAUGUUUUUUUCCUUUUGGUCCUUUAUACUUCUGAGGUCCAGUGCAACUUUACUGUUCUCAGAUUGUCUGACAAAAUGUUGCUGUACUUUACUUCCUUACUGUCACUGCUGCUUACUGUAAAUACCUUUCAACAUUACAUUUCUCAUCAUAAUGGUCUUUUAUUUACUCUGAAAAAUAGCCCAUAUAGAAGAUGGAAGUGUUCCUCUGUGACCAGAAGUAGUUGGUGAAUAAAUAGGUUAUGGUCACACAAAAAGGGAAAAAGCCUGUUUACUGUACUAAGUUAUGAGUCUGAAUCUGCAUGGCAGUGCAACCACUUCUGAUUUUUAGUGGAUUACUUUGCAUUUAAAUAACAUCACAAAAUCUUGAUCCUGCAGACAUCUAUACAUUUGAAUAGUUUAACUUAACUACUCAGGUAUAUAAAGUUCUGCUGAGUGUUUGCCAGACUGGGAUCUAAGAAAGUAUGGGCCAGACUUUCAACAGCACUCAGCAUCCUGCUGUUCUCAUUGAAAGUGGCCCCAAAAACUGCUGAGCCAAGCACUCUUGAAAAUCUAGCUCUUAACAUUUUUUCCUGUUGUUGCAGAGUCUUUUUAAAUGUAAUUGUAAUAACAAUAACCGUUACAUAAAUAAUUUAGUUUGUGAAAACUUAUUUUGCACUUCUUACGUUGCUAUAUUAGAAGUUUGCUAGACCAGGACUUCUCCAGUCAGCUUAUGGAGGUGGUUAGGUCAAGGGAUGUUAUUGUCAUGGGUGACCUAAACUUCCCAGACAUUUGCUGGGAGGAGCAGACAUUCAGGUCUGACUGCUCGCAUAGGUUCCUGGCUGUAUUACAGGACCUUCACCCUAUCCAGGAAGUAUACAGCCCCGCUAGGGGUAACGCCUUGCUGGACCCGGUCCUGGCCACGGGGAAUGACCUGGUGAGGGGACUGCAGGUCCUUGACCACCUGGGCAAUAGCGAUCAUCACCUGCUGGAUUUCAUUAUCCAACACAGGGCGUCUAGGGCUCACACCAAGGCUAAAGCCCUUGACUUCAGAAGGGCCAACUUCAAUGAGUUCAGGAGACUAGUGGGGGAGGCACUGAGGGCCCAGAAGGUAUAGGAGACGGGAGUCCACGAGGGAUGGUCGUACCUUAAGGGGGCGAUCCUCCAGGCCCAAAGGAUGACAGUCCCUGAGAGAAUCAAGGGGGGUAAGAGUGCUCAGAAACCCCCUUGGCUCAGCAAGGGCAUACAGGAAUGCCUGAAGACUAAAAGGGAGGCAUACAACCAGUGGAAGGGAGGAGCUAUCACCAAGGAGGAGUACUCCUUGGCCCGGGAGUGUAGGAGGGCUAUUAGGAAAGCCAAGGCAGAGAUGGAACUCAGGCUAGUGUCCAGGAUUAAGGACAACAAAAAGUCCUUUAUCAAGUACAUUAGGAACAAGAAGAGGGCACCAGGCAAUGUAGGGUCCCUGCAAGAUGCAAACGGUAAUCUUGUGGCUAUGCCAGACAAGAAAGCUGAUAUUUUUAACAGUUUCUUUGUCUCUGUUUUCUUCAACAGGGACCAGGACAUCCCACUUACCAGAGGUAGGGACAGUCUUGGGGAUAGCUCUAUCAAGCCUUCAGUCAGCACAGAUGUUGUUAGGGAUCUUCUGGAAGGGCUGGACAUUUUUAAAACUGCAGGUUCAGAUGCCCUUCACCCAAGGGUGUUGAGGGAGCUGGCAGGGGUCAUUGCGGAGCCCUUGGCCCAGCUGUAUGAGCAUUCGUGGUCAUCUGGCCAGGUGCCAGGGGAUUGGAAACUGGCUCAUGUCCCAAUUUUCAAGAAGGGGAGAAAGGAGGACCCAAGUAAUUAUAGGCCUGUACGCCUCACCUCUGUGCUCGGGAAGAUCUUGGAGAGAAUCAUCAAGGAGCACAUCUGUGGGGGCCGGCAGGGGAGAUCAUGGUCAGGGGCAAUCAGCAUGGGUUCACCAAAGGCAGGUCCUGCCUGCCCAACCUGAUUGCCCUUUAUGACAAAGUAACUAAAUCCUUGGAUGAUGGUGUCACUGUGGACGUAGUCUUUCUAGACUUUAAGAAGGCCUUUGACACUGUCUCUCACCCCAUCCUCAUCAAUCAAUUAAGUGACUGCGGCAUUGAUGCCUGCACAGCUGAAUGGGUAAAAAAUUGGCUGAUGGGGCGCACCCAGAAAGUAGUGGUGGAUGGGUUGUACUCAACCUGGUGAGAUGUGAGCAGUGGGGUACCUCAGGGCUCGGUCCUUGGGACUAUACUGUUUAACAUCUUCAUCAGCGACUUGGACGGGGUGGAAAGCACGCUGUCCAAAUUUGCUGAUGACACUAAGAUGUGGGGCGAGGUGGACACACUUGAAGGGAGAGAGAGGUUGCAAUUAGAUUUAGACAGACUACAAAAGUGGGCAGAUGAGAAUAGGAUGGGGUUCAAUGUAGACAAAUUCAGGGUGCUGCACCUUGGGAGAAGGAAUCCACAGCAUGCAUACAGGCUGGGGAGUUCCCUUCUUGAAAGCACAGAGGCGGAAAGGGAUCUUGGAGUCAUUAUUGACUCCAAGAUGAACAUGAACCGCCAAUGCCAGACCGCAGCCGGCAAGGCCAGUCAUACCUUGUCACGCCUCCAAAGGUGCAUCUCUAGCCAGUCCAGAGAGGUAAUACUCCCCCUCUAUAUGACUUUGGUCAGGCCGCAGUUGGAGUACUGUGUCCAGUACCGGGUGCCGCACUUCAAAAGGGAUGUGGCCAGCCUGGAGAGGGUUCAGAGGAGGGCCACGUGCUUGGUGAGAGGGCAGCAGGACAGGCCCUAUGAGGAGAGACUGAAGGACCUGACCUGUUCAGCGUCAGCAAGAGGAGGCUGAGGGGGGACCUGGUGGCUGCCUACAAACUCAUCAGGGGAGAACAACAGCAAAUAGGCAGAGCCCUUUUCUCCCCAGCACCACCUGGGGUGACGAGGAACAAUGGUCAUAAGCUGAUGGAGAAUAGGUUUAGGUUAGAGAUCAGAAGGCAAUAUUUUACAGUUAGGGUGGCCAAAAUCUGGAACCAACUUCCCAGGGAAGUGGUCCUCGCCCCUACCUUGGGUAAAUUCAAGAGGAGGUUGGAUGAUCACCUGUCUGGGGUCUUGUGAACCCAGCAUUCAUUCCUGUCUGUGGCAGGGGGUCAGGCUAGAUGAUCUGUUCAUGUCCCUCCUGACCCUAGCUACUAUGAAACUAUAAUAUAACAGGAUUAUUUUCUGGGUGUUCAUGUUAAUGAUGGUCCCUUGUAGCUCCAGGUCCUGAGAAAAGAGCAAAGAGCACAUAGAGGAGAUUUAAUUCUCCCUUUGUUUUUUUUUUCGUCAGAACUAUUCUGUGCUGUUUUUAACAUGUUUUAUGAGUUGCUUCCUGGAAUACCAUUGGCUUUGCACUUUUAAGUGAGCAGUCUUAAAGUUUGCUUGCUCUUAAUUUAUUAUGUGUAACUCAAGCUUCGCUGAUUCUUGAAGUGCUGCACUUCUUUUAUUGUUCUGUAAAAGCUUUGGUUGCUUCAUGUGUUGUAAGCCAAAUUCACGAUGUAUUUUUUUUAAGUCUCACAUCUGUUUAAACUAACAUAGGAAAAAGCAUGCAUCUACAUGGGCAUGUCCUAACUCUCUAGAGUUUUUUUCCUAAAGCUAACUUAUUUAAAGCUCUCACACAACAUUCAACUUACUUUAUGCCUAAACUGGACUGUUCUCUCUUUUUUUACCUACAGAAAUAUAGCCCUGAUACUUCUUUGUAUGUAUUUCUUGUACCAACAGAAAAUAAACUGUUAGAUACAAUUUUUCUAAUGCUGCUUAUACCAAUAGCAUUUUGUAGGGCAAGACUAAAUGAGUUACUCUUUGAAAGCUUGUGAAUGCAGUGUAGAAGCUUGCUGGUCCUACUCUAAAGCUUUCAAAUUCCAGCUGAACAAAAGAAUCAAGCAUUUCUGAUUACCUAGUAUUUUAAUCAAAGGUGUUAAGUGAUGAGGGAGCAAAUACUCAUACUUGAAUGCCUGUGAAGGUAGGCCAAACAACUUGUUCCUUAGAAGUAACUCAGCAUAUUGGAAAUGUUCAAUAAACUGCGUGUUUCUUCUUUAUAAGAAACUCCAAUUAGUAUGUACAUUUCAGAAAUUAAUUGUAGACUUUCUUUUUUCUUUUUUUCCUGUACAAUUGUCUGAUGAGCCAGACACCCCCCCCCCCCGAGCCUCGGUGUGCUUGAGCCAGUUAUCUUUGAGUUGUUUUUUUUCAUGCUUGCUUUCGAGAGCAUUUAUCAUUCAGUUCUCUCCUCCACCCUUCUUUUCCUCCUCUCCCAUUGUAACAAAACAUUUUGGACAGCACUGAUGGUUAUAUACAAUUAUCUAAAAUGCUUGUCUAUAAUUUAUAUUUGUUCCAUUGAUUUUUGAAGCUUACAUUUAUAAGGACUGUAAAGAAAGGGAUUAUUUUACUUGUAUGUUGUAUACUAUUUUUCAUGUUCUUUAUCUGCAGAAAUCUCUUGAGUGUUUAAUAAUUACUGGGAACAGAGCCAAAGUUUAUAUGACUGACCAGGGUUAAAUUUCAUUUUGCGUGUUAAACUUUUUCAACAUUAAACCAACAAGACUACAUGCAAGUUCUUUGGGACUAAAACAAAAAAAAUCUUGCAUCUAUGUAAGGAAGGAUCUGUCACCAAUUGUUUUUAAGCCUGGUAUUUUCCACGAAAACUCUAUUGCUAAAGGUGGUGGGGGACAACAGCAAAAGCCACAAAAAUGUUCCUUUUAUGUACAUCUGAAACUAAAUGUCAUUGCUAGAGGGGUUAGCACAUGGAAUACGAUGCAAAGCAGUAUAUAAACAGGUAACUGCUUGUUUUUUAACUCUGACUCUUAUUUAAUUUUUACUUUUAAUCAAAAUAUAUAAAAUCUUUGGAAAAACCUUUCUUACUCAAGCCUUGAGCUUUUCAGUUAUUUGCUUGCUCGCUUGGGUCCUAGAACAGAAAGAUAUAAGGUAUGCAUCUGCAUGUGGAAGUUCUCCCAAAUUUAAUGGGUGCAUCUACACAUGCAGUUAAUGCAAAGUAACUCCAGCACAGUUUGUGUGGGGCUAGGUGGCAGGCAGCCUCUGCACUGUAGCACCCUUGUGCCCCAGCCUGCCCCAGUCACUGUCUACAUGUGCAUUUCAGCAGUUUGUGCCAGAGUUCGCUGUUCCCAGGCACAGCAUCUAGAUGUGGCCUGGGCCAGCAACACUUUGAAUCGGAGCAGAGCAACCCUGUGCUGGCAGGAGGCAUGCGGGCUCAGCCUCAGAUUCCCAGUGGCAGCAUCUGCUAAAGUGUGGGGCUAGGUGGCAGGCAGCCCCUGUACUGUAGCACCCUUGUGCCCCAGCCACCCCUGGUCACCGUCUACAUGUGCAUUUCAGUGCAGUUAAGUACUCUGCUGUAAGGUAGUACUGCCCCUGACAGUACUAUCUUUCACAGAGUUAAUUAAUUAAAAAAAUCUUGCCCUGAUGCUAGUGCGCGUGUAGAUGGCGAUGCUUUAUUGUGGAGCUAAUUAGUUUAUUCAGCAGUAAAGUGCAUGUGUAGAUGCACCUGAUGGGACUUCCUUGUUCAGCAUAUUAAACUUGAUGUUGCACCCAGGGCCUAGCUGUUUGCACACACGUGCUGAACUGAAAUCUGUGCAAUGGCUUGUGAAUAAAGUUGAACUUGGAGUAUCUGAGUUAGAGUACAGUGCUGUCCCUGCUUCAGGAAGCAAUGGUUAGACUGUAUGCUAAUCCCUUUGUACAUGAGUCUUUUGUACUUUGUGAGAGAGAUUUAAAUUUGUAGUGGAAUUUAUUGUCUCCUGGUGGACUGCUAUAUAUUUUAUGCUCAUCACUUUAAAUAUUAUCUAGGCAGAUGUUACCUAGAUGUACAUCUACAGUGUCCUAUUAAGUGUUAGCAAGUAGAUGUGUAUAGGUGCUAUGCAUGUGUGAAGAUUGGCAUGUGGAUGGACAGACUUGCUUUAUUUCCGACUGUUAGGUUGGCCUGUUGGAGAAAUGUAUACUGCUGUUAAACGCUGUCAUUAAAAGCAUUGUCUUGUCUUA